AUGAAGUUCAUCUCUGGUCUCAUUGCCCUCGCCGCCUUGGCCUCUGCCGCCCCUGGCAAGGCCCCGACUCCCCUCGACAUCAAGCUCGAGGGUGCUGGCAACGCUGAAAUCAAGGCUGUCAUUACCAACACGGGCAAGAACAACUUGAAGAUCUUCAAGACCGGUACCAUCCUGGACAGCGCCCCCGUUGAGAAGGUCACAAUCAGCUCUGGCGAGCACGUCGUCGCCUUUGACGGUGUUCGUCAGCGCAUCUCUACUCAGAACCUGGCUGAGGAUGCCUUCCAGCACAUCGCUGCCGGAGAGUCAAUCGAGGUGACCUUUGACAUUGCCGAGGCCCACGACCUCUCCAUUGGCGGCAAAUACGACAUCCAGUCCGUUGGUGCCUUCUCCUUUGCCCAAGAAGAGUCCAACGAGCUCGUCGGCUCUGUGCCGUUCGAGACCAACAAGAUUGAGAUUGAAGUCGACGGCGCAGAUGCCUCUGCCCGCCGCGUUGCCUUUCACCAGAAGCGCACCCGCGUCCAGAGCGACUGCACCGGCAGCAAGCUGUCUGUCACUCAGGCGGCUCUCCGCAACUGUGCUUCCGUUGCCCAGCUCGCCCAGCAAGCCGCCGCCUCUGGCUCUGCCGCCAAGCUCACCGAGUACUUCAAAUCUUCCACCAGCAGCGUGCGAAGCACCGUCUCCGGCGUCUUCAGCCGCGUGCUCUCCGAGUGCAGCUCGACCAGCAGCGGCGUCGCCAGCUACUACUGCUCCGACGUCCUCAGCUCGUGCUCCUCCAACGUGCUGGCUUACACGCUCCCCAGCUCCAGCCUGAUGGUCUACUGCAACCUCUACUUCACGGCUCUCCCCGCGCUGACCCGAUCCUGCCACGCUCAGGACCAGGCCACCACCAACAUCCACGAGAUUACGCACUUGAGCCAAGUCAAGGGCACUCAGGACUACAACGGAUACGGAUACAACUUUGUGCGCAGUCUGUCUGCCGCGCAGAACCUCAACCACGCCGAUACUUAUGCGCUCUUUGCCAACGCCAUCUAUGCUGGCUGCUAA